AUGCCGUUUGUGUGGAUGAAAUUGCUGUUUUUAUUUGUAUUUUGGAAUACCGAUGAAAUAGUUGUUUCUGGAUUAGAGAAUCUUGCAUCAAACAAACCAACUAGACAAACAAGUGAAUAUGGCGGUGGACGAUUUUCUUCAAAAGCUGUCGAUAGAGGUGAUAGAUUGAGAAAUUUUACUGUUUCUGUUUGGCAAUAUGAUCCUGGUCCUCAUAUCAAAUAUAACAUGGUGGAUACUGAAUACUGUAUUUGUGUCCAUUACCCGAACACAGCAGAGAGUGGCACCUGGACAAAUUUAACAUGUACGAAAAUAUGUUUGGGAAGAUUUGUUCUGUUUGUUUUGAAUAACCAAGAAGCUUUAACAAUAUGUGAAUUAGAGAUAUUUGGUGAUAUAUACAAUGGCUGUCCAACACAGUACUUACCUGAAAUGAAUAUAAAGAAAGUGGUAGGUAAACGUUCCAGUCCACCAAAUUGUACACUCUUACCAUAUGAAGUAACCAAUGUAUAUGAGUGUAUCCAUCAAUGUUUACAGAUGAACAACUGUACCAGUUUUAAUUAUGGUCCUAAUUUAAUCAACACUGUUAAUUGUCAAUUAGUGAGAUGUUUUUCACAUCCAAAAGAAGACUUUACUGUAGAUAGUGAUUGGAACUGGCGAUAUUUGUCACGAUAA